CCCUUAUAAAUCUCCCUCUCGCCGCCGAGCCCGUGAUGUUAUCUGCUGGCACCGGGCCCCCCCGAGCCCCCUCCCCGGCGUGAGCACAGCCAGAGGGGAGCGCGGCACAGGGAGGAGGGCAGGGCAGGGCAGGGCAGGGCAGGACUGCUCCGCUCCGCUCCGGGAGGCGCCAAGCCGGUGGGGGAAAAAGGAGGAGAAGGAGGAGGGCGCGGGGGUGGCAGUGGCAGGGCGCUGGGGGAGCUCCCCCGCGGCUGUCGGAAGAGGAGGGAGUUGGAAAGAAAAAGGCGAGAAAAAGACAAGGAAAAACCAGCCCAAGUUUUGUUUUUUAUAUUUUAUUUAUUUCAUUUUGUUGCCGUUGUUUCCCCCUGCCCGGGGCGCAGCAGCAGCAGCCGCGGGGCACGUGGGCGCUCGGCCGGCGGCGGCGCGCGGGGCCAGGGGGAGCUGCUGCCGCUCGGCCCUUGACAGCUGCGGCUGAGCCUCGCAGCGGCAGCGCCGCGCAGCCCUCCUCGCCCCUGCGCCUCGCUGCUGCCUGCUCCUUGGCGGCUUGCUGGGGAGCCCCCUGUCGGCCCGCGGCGGGGCAGGAGGCGGUGGGGUGGGCGCCGCGGCGAGCCCCGACCAUGCACUGCUACCUCCUGAGCGUGCUCCUCAGCCUGGACCUGGCGGCAGUGGCGCUGAGCCUGUCGACCUGCAGCACCCUCGACAUGGAUCAGUUCAUGCGCAAGCGGAUCGAGGCGAUCCGGGGCCAGAUCCUGAGCAAGCUGAAGCUCACCAGCCCCCCGGACGAGUACCCCGAGCCCGAGGAGGUGCCGCCGGAGGUCAUCUCCAUCUACAACAGCACCCGGGACCUGCUGCAGGAGAAAGCCAACCACCGAGCCGCCACUUGCGAGCGGGAGCGCAGCGAGGAGGAGUAUUAUGCCAAAGAGGUUUACAAAAUUGACAUGCUGCCGUUUUACCCCGAAAAUGCCAUCCCACCAAGCUAUUACAGCCUUUACUACAGAAUUGUAAGAUUUGAUGUCUCAGCGAUGGAGAAAAAUGCUUCCAACUUGGUGAAGGCAGAGUUUAGAGUCUUCCGUUUGCAGAAUUCAAAGGCACGGGUAUCUGAGCAACGAAUAGAACUGUAUCAGGUUGUUAAAUCCAAAGAAUUACCAUCACCAGGACAGCGCUACAUUGAUAGCAAGGUAGUUAAAACAAGAGCUGAAGGGGAAUGGCUAUCUUUUGAUGUCACUGAUGCUGUACACGAAUGGCUCCAUCACAGAGACAGGAAUCUUGGAUUUAAGAUAAGUUUACACUGUCCAUGCUGCACCUUUGUGCCUUCAAAUAAUUAUAUCAUCCCAAAUAAAAGUGAAGAGCUUGAAGCAAGAUUUGCAGGUAUUGAUGACUCCUACACAUAUUCCAGUGGUGAUGUGAAAGCUUUAAAGUCCAAUAAGAAAAAAUACAGUGGGAAGACCCCACAUCUUCUGCUAAUGUUAUUACCCUCCUACAGACUUGAGUCGCAACAGCCCAGUCGGCGGAAGAAGCGUGCUUUAGAUGCUGCCUAUUGUUUUAGAAAUGUGCAGGAUAAUUGCUGCUUGCGUCCACUUUAUAUUGACUUCAAGAGGGAUCUUGGCUGGAAAUGGAUUCAUGAACCCAAAGGGUAUCAUGCUAAUUUCUGUGCAGGAGCCUGCCCAUAUUUAUGGAGCUCUGAUACUCAGCACAGCAGAGUACUGAGUUUAUAUAAUACGAUAAAUCCAGAAGCCUCUGCCUCUCCAUGCUGUGUAUCCCAAGAUUUGGAACCCCUCACCAUCCUGUACUACAUUGGCAAAACACCUAAAAUUGAACAGCUUUCCAACAUGAUUGUGAAGUCAUGCAAAUGCAGCUAGAAGAUACCCCUGAAAUGGCAUGAUGUGUGUGUAUUAAAAAAAACAACCAAGGAUAAAAGAAAAAGGGAGAGAGAAAAGAGAAAAAAAAAGAAAACCUAGGUUCAUCAGUGUUAAAAAAAAAAAAAAAAGAAAAAAAAAAGAAGAAAAAAGCGGUACUAGUCUGAACUGUUUGAAAGUUUGUUUUGUUAAACUGGCAUCUGAAGCAAAACGUUGAAGGCCUUUAUCUUACAUUUCAUCUACUCAGUUAGUGAGAUAGACAAGAAGCAAAAAAAGGAAAAAAAAACCUUUUAAAAAAUAAACACUGGAAGAAUUUGUUAGUGUUACUAUGUGAAAGGAAAAAAACAGGAAAAUCCUAUUAAGUGGUGUUGCUGUAUCUGUCCCAUGCCUUACUUGAUCUCUCUGUAUUGUUACAUGAUAGGCAUCCUACCCAUUCCUUUUUUAGUUUUAGAGCUAACAGUGCAUUAUUUAUUUGUGUAUAAAAAUACAAAAAACAAAAAAACUAUCCAGCGAACAUUUCAUUUCCAUUGGGGGGAUGGGGGGAGAGGGAGUGGACAAAGUGGAGACCAAACAAACUGCCAGAAAUAUGUUUAAUGCUUAGGAAACUGGAGCUCAAGAAGUCCUGAAAAUAUAAUUAGUUUAGUUCAAUUAAAAUAGAAAUCAGUUAUUGCAUUUUUGACAAAAUCUGUCAUAUUUUACAUGCCAGCUGCCUAUGGAGGCUUCUUGUAAGGUCUCAAACCCUUGUUUUAAAUAGUGAAAAUUUACUAAUAAAGGACAUUCUGUUUCAGUCUCAAAGACAAGUGUUUAAGAUUUUUUUUACUGUAAAUGAUUUAAAUGUCAGUUUAGUAAACCAGUGGAAUAUUUAACAUGUACUGGUCUAAUCUUCAGACCUUAAUAUGUUGCUGUAUAGCUAUGCUAUGGGAUUUUUUGUUCUUUUGGUAUAUGUAACCAUACCUAGAGUAUUACAAUAGGUGGGUAGUACAAACCAACUUAAUUGGAAACAUAUCUGUAGAUCUCUAUUGUAAACUAUUAAAAAAUUAAGUACUUUAUGUGUAAUAUGUAAAUUUUCACCAUAUUUUUGUAUUCUGUAAUACUGUCAACUCUCUUGAGUUGGAAUUUGAAUUUGGGGCUCUUUUUUAUCACUCAGAAUCAUGUGCUUCCCUCCAGCUGGCCAGUAUGAGUAGAGUCCCUAUAUUUUGACUUGCACUACAAAUACAUGUUUUAUAAUAUUUGCUAUACAUGUGCUUUGUAUAUUGUUCAUCAUUAUGACAUAAGCUACCUGACUCCAUUUGUUUUGGGUUUUUUUGUUCUGUUUUACAAAGAGGAUGGAUUAACCUAUUCUUGUUUUUUCCCACCCUAGUUUAUCCACAUUUGCAAAGUUUUAAACCCAAUUUGUGUACUGGCUAAAGACAGUCCAACAGAUGGUUAGGGAGCUAGAUUUAAAAAAAAAAUAGAAGAAGGUUUCACAGUCUGAUUGACAGAAGGCAGACCCUUUAAAAAGCAGUAUUUACCACCAUGUAAAGGACUGGUACAAACUGUAUGCACCACAGAAGCCCGCAAGACUGGAGUGGGACUUCACAAUUGUAUAAGUCUUGUGUUGGACCUCUUGCACAUGAAUGACUGAUCUAUUGUUGACUUGUGGGGCUGAUCCUGUCCCCACUGAGGUCUAGAGAAGUUUUGCUAUUGAUUCCUAUGACAGCUGAUUAAGCUCCAUUUGGGUCUUGAUGUGCAAAAAUAUUUGCCAGGGGCAGGCCCUACAUUUGUGAGUUCUGCUGAAUUGUGUUUAAUCCUUUUCAUGGAAAACAGUUUUUGUCAUAUCUUUUAAAACAAAGAAACAGGCUCCUAGGAAAUGCCCUUUGGCUCUAAUAAUUUUGAUAAUUUUCUAGAGAGAACAAGAAAUAUCAGCAUCCUAAACAUUAUUAAAAAAAAAAGAUUUUUAAACAGGUGUAUGUAAAAGCAUGUGAAAUAAGUAGUUCAAUUUAUUUUCUAUUAUAAACUCUUCUGAGUGGCAGACCUAGAAAUCUAUGCAAAGAAAUAUGGUAAUUGGAAGAAGACAGCAUCUCCAUCAUACAACACAGGAAGAUGGCUUGGGCCUUAUGGUUAAACAUUAGGUUACUGAUCUUCCACUGUGUUAACUUCAGUGGAACUCCUUUGGCGUUGGUGGAGUAACACCUGUGUAAAAUGGAAGCAACAUGAUCAAGAAGCAGGCCCAAGAUGUGGGAUCUUUCUCUUUGAUUUGCACAGACAGCUUCCAUGGAUUUCAUUUGGAGUCCCCAAUUUAUUACCGAGACCAAAAUAUAGCCCUAUGAAUAAUCUAAUCCCACCUAUUUUUCUCAACGCAGAGGAGGUACAUGAAUUGUUGUUUUUCUUUUUUUUUUUUUUUUUUUUUUUAAUUAGUGAACUGAAGUUUAACAAAUUAAGGUCCAAUCCUACAGACACUCUCAGGGGCCAUAUUGGAGAGAUCCAGUAAAAUUAAAGAAAUUCCUCUGGGUAUGAAGAACUGUAGCUGCUAGUAUUUGUCUCACAUGGCCUUAAUCUAUUUUAUUAACUUCAAUACAAACACUAUAUUUUUUUUGGCAGGGAAGGAGGGGAACGGAACAAAAGUAAGCAGCAUUAAAAAGAAAUGCUUGAAAUUAUCUUUCAAUUUAAAUAUACCCCAAAAAGCUGAUUUUCUAGUUUGAUGAUUUGAAAGAAUGGGAUAUGAUCAGAUGCACUUCUCAUCCCAAUACGCUCGUCAUGCGCUGGAUGCAGCCAGAAGUUUGAGUUUGGGUUUUUCCAUAUAUUUUGCAAGUCUGGAGAAAAACACCUAUGGUUAUUAUACACAAAUUGGUUAAAGUUUUGGGGUUUUUUUCUAUUUUUUCCCCUCAGAAAGGCACUGAUAGUAUUUGAAAAAUUCUAUUUUAAAGCUCCAAAGUCCUUUUCCUUUUUGGCUUAUUAGGCAUGUAUUUCCAUUUUUAUUGACAAGGACAUAGGGCUCAAUCCUACAAAGUGCAGAGCUCCUUCUGGGUGAAAAUCACCUCUCUGCAGAGGGUCAGUAUGAGGCCUGGGCACCACUUAUGUCCACUGUAAAUCCUCACAAUGAGGUGGAAGUAGGACUUAGUGAUACAAAGGCCUUGAAUUGCGAGGCCCCCCUGUGAGCCGCUGAUCCCCUCUUUUCUCAGUGAGGUCAUUGGGAACCGAGGACAUUCAGCACUUGGCAGGAGAUUUUCAGCACCUCAAAAGAUCAGACCCAAAGGUGGGGCUGAGGGAGAAUCUUAGCACUUAGCUGGGUGGGUUAGGACAGCAUUUUUUGUGUUUAGAAACAAUACAAUUGUAUGGAUGGCAUGGUAAAAAACGAAAAGGAACCUAAGAACAGCUGUGUUGUAUUUUGGUGACCGAUUACUCUGUAUUUUAACACAUUGUAUGUCUGUUUUUGUGGUGCUCUAGUGGUAAAUAAAUUAUUUCAAUUAUA